UUUUAAACAAAUAAUGAUGAAAUAAAUAAAAUAUCCCUACAGACUGUCAAGUUUUAUUUCGAUUUUGCACCAUCAACAUCUCGACUACACCUUUCCAGACACGGCAACUUUAUCAUUUUAACAUAUUCUCACUCCGUCGCAUCUGCAGACCCCCAACUAGAUAACACCUUGUUCACCGCAUCUAAGGAUGGCCGAGCCUCCCGCAAAACGAGCCCGACGUGCUGAUAGCUCGGCAAUGUGGGAUAUGGAUGACCGGCGGACGCGUUCGCCUGAACAAGACUCGGAGUAUAAUAGGAGCCCUAGACGUGAAGCACACCUAAAGGAUGAUGGACGACGAGAUGGUCCCCGCGACGACCGAAGAUACCGUUCUCGCUCAAGGGACCGGAGGGACAGACGACGAGAUAGGAGUAGAUCCAGGGAUCGUCGUGACCGCGAUCGCGGCCACAAUAGGAGAGAUCUGGAGAGAAGCUCUAGUCGCGACAAAUAUUACGAUAAGCGAGGGUACCCUUCGAAAGGGGAAAGAAACCGUGACCGUUCUCGCUCCCCACUUCGAAACGGAAAUAGGGAUAGGUCCAGAACACCACCUCUUCGCGGACCUAGAGGAGAUCGUAGGAAUGAUCGCAAAGACCCCCGAAUACAGGCGAAUGGCGCAACUGAGCCAAGGACAUCAAAUCGGUCUAAAGACGAGAUGGACAUGGAUAUCGAUGCCGGGGAAGAUGAUAUUGACGAAAUGAUACGCCGCAGCAUGGGGUUUUCUCGGUUCAGAAGCACAAAGAAUACCAAGGUACCUGGAAACGACAUCUAUGGAGUGCGUAAGGAGAAGAAGACAGAAUACAGACAGUAUAUGAAUCGCCAGGGAGGAUUCAAUCGGCCACUGAGUCCUUCAAGGUGAUGGUUCACAGUUACUCUCCCUAUUUAUUUCUGUCAUUGCCUUUUUCUUUCCCCCUCUUUUCUACUUUCUUUUCCUCCCUUCCUCCCUUCUUCUCUUUCCACUUCGUAUCUGUUAGGGCGGGACCGAUUUUUGCUGGGCUUUCGAUUAAAGUUACUGUAUGCAUGGCCGGAGUAUAAUCUACUUUCUCUUGCACUUUACACGCGCACAAGGUCUUUGGUGAGUUUUAGAUAUUGAUCUUUGUCCUUGCACAGACCGAAAGAAACAAAAGUGCGAACGAGAUGCCACAAAAUUAUUAGCAUGCGGCAUGAGUGUGGGCACAUGACCUGUAGUGACGUAUGUACCUGUAUAAAGAGUAUUUGAUAUUCAUCCCACUUCAACU